UGGCUUGAUGCCUGUUUCUUGUUUUUUUUUUUUCUUUUAUUUUGUUUCCUUUUGCUGUAUUGCUGUUGCUGCCGCCGUUGAAGCCGCCGUACGCUGCUGCAGCGGUCGUUAGCGACCGAAUUGAACCAAAAAAAAAAAUUAAUGAUAUAUAUAUAUAUACUCGAGCGUGUGACCCUUUCAUUGUCUCGUCGUUGUCGUCGUUUCGUUCUACCUAGAUUCCUCCGUUACACCUUUGCCCCCUUCCCCCCUACCUCCGAUGUUUCUCCUUCGCGCGAGAACGAUGUGAAAAGAAAAUUACAUGAUUUGUCCGGGGGCCACCAGCCAGCCUUUUCUUUUAUCACGAGUAGAUGACGUAUCUGUAGGUCGUUCUUCCUUUUGAUAUCUCUUGCGAAUCGUGUUCAUCGCGGACUCUCUUGGUCUCGCGAGUAUAUCCACGAACUUUCUUUCGUGUGUGUGUGCUGAAUAUAUAUAUACGUAUAUAUAUACACUCCUGUCUCUAUAUAUCUCUUCGUGUACGCACGCAUCGUCGCAUGCAUGUUACCUGCCCGCUAAGCUCGCUAUAACAACUAUGGUUAUCAUCCAACUCGUUCGUCAUACAUUUUUAAGUGCCGCAUCGUGCAAGAGUUCUUUUUCUAGCUCUCCCAGCAGCUGAUUUCUUGCGUGAAUAAUUCAGCCCGCGCGCCGAUUUCAUACUAACGUCAGUCAACUUUACAUGUGCUGCAAUUAAUUAAUCAAGGGACAGGUUCGUUGCAUUGACAUUAGAUAUGACGUAGCGACUGAAUUUUCUUUAUAACGGAUUUUCAAGAUGAUUGAUGUUGAUUUGACUUUUUUUUCAAAAUGAAAAACUUCUUUCCUCAUUUUGAAAAGUAAUCUUAUUUUUUAAAACUUAUCUUUCUUAAAAGAAAGUCUUAUUUUUCUUAAAAGAAAAGUCAAGUGAAUAGCCAUUUAUGUGAAUAAGCGUUAUUGAAAUCAGCUGUGAGCGAUCGAAGUAAUCGCGGGGAGAAGUGCACGCCAGCUUUGCAUUCUCGGCUUGCUGUUUAUUUCACUUCUCUCGUUGAUUUUUCUUCGCGUUUGGCGCAUUUGGCUGUGUGUAGCCGAGCACUUUACUGUAUAUAUUUAAUAUCUAUACAUAUAGAAACUCCCUUUUGACUCUUUCUUUAAUUAUCUUUAAUACUGAUCAUGGCCUAUCGGGCGAAGAAAGAUGCAAUCUGUAAGCAUGAUUCCGAUAAAUGCAAUUGAAAUUAAUUAAUUGUAUAAUAAUGUAUUUAAUUGUACGAUUCGAUUGUGCACAAACUCUGGCUUUACAGAUAAAUUGUCGACGCGUAUUUCAUCGAAGAGUUGGACCCGUGAAAUUGAUUUAGCUGCAACGUAGUAAUAUAAAAAGUAAAAUUGUCUUAUCACAAUGUGCACAAGAAUGGGCCGAAUCGAGCCUGAACGCUAUCUUUAUGCGUGAACAAAGAAGAUUUCUGUCAAUUGUGCUGUUAAUAUCAUGAACGUUAUCUAAACAUUUGUGUUUGAAACUUCAUCAAUGGUGUGACAGACUGCCAAAUCACAUAAGGUCAAAACGCGGACUUGUUUCGGAUCGUGGCGGGAUCGAUAUUUUUUAUUCAUUCUUAUGUGUAAUAUCGCCGACAUAAUUCUGGAUUUAUUUGCAUGAUAACGAUAAUGUUAUAUUACAGUCUAUCGCGUUACUGUGUGCGUAUUUGUAAAUCUAGUUUUAAAGUACUUGAAAUUAAAUUAAAAUGAGAAAGUAUUUGGAGAGAAUAUUAUUGUAUAAGGACGGAAUUAAAGAUACAUAUAUACGUGAUCACGUAUAUACAGAGCUUUCUUGUUGUCCUGUUAGAACCAUAGAUGUAGCAAUUAGUAAAUCCGUAAUUUCCCCUGCAUUGCUUCUAGAGUUUAGAAGAGAGAAUAAGAGCGGAGCAAGACAUUCUGGCUUACAUACAAAAGAAACAAUUAUCGAAAUAAUCUUUCAAAUCGGACAAUAUCUUUUAAUACGUUUUUAAAAUAUAUAUUUUGGUGAUGCCUGUCACAUCCCAGAUAGGACAAGACGUCCGAACAUUAUCCCGAAUGUGUUGAAAUAUUUUGAGCACAUCCAAGAUGAUUUAAAAAUAUUUUGUGCUACCUGGGAUUAUUAGAUUCUCCAUUGUGAAACAUAUUCUUGUUACGGAUAUACAACAAGGAUGAAUUGCCCGCUGCGUAUGAUAUAGUAUCCUUGCUUUUGGAACAUCCAGCGAACGCAUAACCGAAGAAGUAGCGACUUAGUGAAGUAAUAAGUAAACUCGCAACACGCGUCACGGACGACGAUGCAUUAUACGUGUAAGUGUCUGACUCAAACGUUAAAAAACCGUAAAUCCGAGGGGUGAAAAGCCCCGCGUCUUACAGUCAGCUGAGGCACGUUGUCGAAGACACGUCACGUUCGCGGCAUGCGCGGAUCGUCCGGUAAAUAAUGCGUUACGCGUUCGCUGAUCAGCGGUAAUUCGAUCCGACGUAAAAUAAACCGCUUUCAACGUGCUUGCCGCGUAGCGAUUUAGAAACGUAGAGUGUAACGACGGGCGCCACAGCGACCGGAGCACCGUCACUUUUCUUGCCUUUCCAGAGAGUGGCAAGAGAAAGAAAAGGGGGAAGAAAAGAUAGAUAGAUAGAGAGUGAGAGAGAGAGCGAGCGAGAAAGGGAAGGAGGGGGAGAGAGAGAGAGAGAGAGAGAGGGAGAGAGGAUAAAAACGGGCAGGAGAAGAAAAAAAGCAUUUUCCCGGGAUAGAACCAGGAGGCGAGGGACCCGCGACAUGACACGGACCGAUCGUCGGCAGCAUGCUACGCGACCAUAGAAACUCGUAACGGAAAACGGGGGGGCGUCGGCCUCGGAGCUGUUUUGAUACGGCCAGAGGAAAAGCUGGACAGCUGACCGCGGAGCGAUGUACGCCGCGGCGGGUGGUGCUAGCAUCGCCAAUCGGAGGAAGCAGAAGCGGCUGCAGCUGAACAAGCAGGGCGGCGCCGCGACACCCGCGAUCAACGUCGUCCCGCCAAGACUGAAAGGUGCCCCCGGCUCGCGUUAUCAGCAGCAGCAGCAACAGCACCACCAUCACCAGCAUCAGCACCAGCACCACCAGCACCAACACCAACACCAGCACCAGUACCACCACCAUCAUCAUCACCACCAACAUCUGACCAAGCUUGCCCGGCAACAUCAGGCCGUACCGCCGCCGCCGUUGUCCGCGUCGCGAGCGCAACAGCAGCAACAGGCGCCGACGUCGACGUCGUCGUCGUCCGCCGCAUUCCACCCGGGCAUCGACGAUCGACGCCGUCAGCACGCCGACCAUCACAAAUCGUCCCAGCAGCAAGUCGCGCCGCUCUCGCCGAUCCAGUUCCCGAUCUCGCCGCCCCCGCUCUCCCUCGAGUCCUCGGUGUCCGCCACUACCUGCCCCAACAACAAAGCCAGCAACUUCCCUUUCCCGCCACCCUCGAUCCUUGAUCUCCGAGUCUCGCCUCCUACUUCGGAGCCACAGUGUGGCGGUCAGGGACCCGGUAAGGCAGCCUGGCAAGGGUGCAACAGACCUUCACUUCCUCUAUCCCCCACAUCACCAGGAUGUCGCGGAGAUGGUUACAAAACGAAGCAAUGCGAAGCGCAUCGACGAUGGAUGAAGAGGAACAGGAUACGGGACGCCAGUUACUGCUACGGCAGCAGCGGCGAGGACGACGAGGAAGAUGACAGCAGUAACGCCGUUCGCCAGAGAGGAGAGGUCAGCGCGGCGGUCAAUACCGUGCUCUAUGCGGGCUUAGGGACCACAGCGCUCGGUUUAAUUAUCUCGUUCGUCGGCACCGGCGAGAAGGGCUUCCUCAGCCCGGAGCUGAGGCUGGUCGGCCCGUCGUUGCUCUGCGCCGGGCUGCUGUGCUGUCUGUUUCGCGUACUACUGUGCCUCUGUCUGUGCCGUUGCGGCCCCUGCCGCUGGCGAUUCUGUCAUGUCGCCUCGCACAAAAAAGAGAAGGCGAGGAAGGCCGAGGCACGACCAACAGGGACGUUGUCGACCGCUUCGUUGUUGCCGCCGGCGCAACAGCAGCGUCAGCAGUCGCAGCAGCAACAACAGCGGCAUCAUCAACAGGAUCGGCAAUCGGCCGCGCCUAAGAGCCGCUCCGUGUCACCGGCGACGAAGGGACACGAGCUCCUGCUCUCGCCUGCCCAAUUGCCGGAAUGAAGAAGCGACCGCGCGCGCGCGUCGCGAUCCGAACGAACGUU